AUGGCCCAAGAGCGAUCCGAAUGGAUAAUGCAAUUUCGCAAAGAAUCUGGAUUUGACGCAAAGAGUAAUCAGUUAUUUAACUGUGAAUGCUGCAGACAAGAAUCAAGACCUGCUUUUAGUGAUAAUCAUUUAAAAAUUAUACGUCAUUUAUACAAGCAGCAUCAUCAGAAAUCAUCAGAAAUAAUCGCAAACCCAGAAUAUGAAGCCGUAGCAAAAAAAUUUUACCUUCGACCCAAACAGUAUGUUGAAGUUGGAAAAUGUCGUGAACUAAAUUGUGACGACGAUGUUAAAAGUAUGUUUGGUAAAGCAUUACCAUUUAAAAAUCAUUCGAUAACGCAUCAUGAAGAGGACAAAAAAAGUUUUUUCGCAAAAGCAGUAGAAAUUGUUUCUGGACAAAAAAUAUUGGAUAAUUACGAAAUAAAGGACACUGAAUUCGCAAAUUGCUCAUUUUGUCGAACACCGUUACCCUUGGAAAAUUUGGACUCGCACCCUGCUGAAAUACUCUCGACCUUGAGCGAUCACUGGAACGAACAUAUUAGGUAUAAAUAA